AUGGCGGAAGUAGGACGUCCUGAUAAUUCUAUUUCGCGGAAGGUGAAAGACACUGGUGCUGGGUUUGUGGGUGGAGCCGUGCAGGUGCUGGUGGGCCAGCCAUUUGAUCUGGUGAAAGUGCGACUUCAGACUGGUCAGUUCAGUUCGGGGGUUGAGGCGGUCACUCAGACCCUGAAAAAUGAAGGGUUGAGUGCUUUUUAUAAAGGAACUACUGCUCCGUUGAUAGGUGUAGGGGCGUGUGUAUCGGUGCAAUUCUACGCAUUCCAUGAAGCCAAACGACAGCUGCUAUCCUAUAACCAACGAACAAACAACUCGCCUCAUCAAUUGACAUAUCCUCAAUUCUACAUCGCGGGAGCAACAGCCGGUCUUGCUAACAGUUUUAUUGCCUCGCCAGUCGAACAUUUAAGAAUUCUCAUUCAAACUCAAAAAGAUGCCAAGUAUAAAGGACCGUUUGAUGCUGCUAAACAUAUCCGCCAGAAAUACGGCAUUGCUGGUCUGUACCGCGGGUUCACCGUGACUCUUCUUCGUGAAGUACAAGCAUACGGAGUGUGGUUUCUGACGUUCGAGUACCUAAUGGCACGAGAAAUGGCGAAACCAGAAGUGGCCAGUCGAAAAGACAUUCCUGCCUGGAAACUCAUGGCAUUCGGCGGUCUGGCAGGUGAAGCGCUAUGGCUGGCUUCGUACCCCUUAGACGUCAUCAAAAGCCAAGUCCAGGGCCACCCAUUCGGAUCGCGACUCACCGCAAUCGAUGCCGCCAAAACCACCUUCCAAAAAAGCGGCAUCAAAGGGUUCUGGCGAGGCAUCGUGCCCACCCUCUUACGAGCCAUCCCUGCCUCGGCGUCCACAUUCGCGUCCGUAGAACUCACGCUCCGUCUCCUCGGAUAA